CAAAUACAACCAUUUAGGAAUUAUGGCAACAUGGCGGAUAAAAUGAAUGAAUCUUGGUUAGAUAUAGAUGAUGUCGAUGAAAAUCAAGUCAUACGCUUACAGGCCCACAUCAGAGGAGUUCUCACAAGAAAAUGGAUGAAGAAGUUGCGACAAGACUUCGAAGAGCUGUGCAACAACAUUGAAAGGAAGCCAUUGGAAAUUGAAUGGCCAAGCAAUAAUAUCUGUUCACCAAGAAUCAGAAAUACUAAACAAAGAAAAAAUAAAAAUGCCUCCAAAGAAACCUCGUCUAAAAACAUUGUGUCCUGCUCUGACAAAAACAUUGUGUCCUGCUCUGAAAAUACAGAAAAAUUAUCUGUUGAAAUCCAAACAGAUUUUGAUACGUGUGGUAGCCCUUUUUUACAUGUACAUCAACAAAAUAUGGACUCUUCGGAAAGAACAGGAUCUGAAAAACAUUUUGAAAAUCAGACAAAUAACCGUGGAAGUGAACAAAAUUUAAAUAAAGCAAAGAUUAGUACCUCAGAGGAUCGAAAGUUCUUACCAGAAAGCUCUGUGAAUAAUAGAAACACUCAUUUCGACCCAAACAGACAUUUUGAACAAAUAGAUAAUGGUACCGGUACUUAUUCAGGUUACCAUGAUGUUGAUGUAAUUCCACAGAAAGAUUCUCCAGAUAAGCAGGUUGAGUUGACAGAUUUAAAAACCGUGGAGGGACGUGAUGUUGAUUUAUCAACACAAGAACAGUCUGUGAGAAGAGGUGGAUUAGAUAAUUCUGUUAAUGAUGACACAUCGGUUUGGGAUCCAGAUAAUUCUUCUUUUCAAAGUCACACAGAUGUAAAGAAGUUAACAACAGACAAGAAAGAUCUAGCUGAAUUACGGAAAAAUCUUGCCAUGGAAUUAUUAUGGAUUCAGCAAGCUAUACAAAGUCGGAAAAAUUAUUUAAAGUUGAAAGAUGAGAUGACUUGAAGACUGAUUUGACUAGAUGUAAUAUUCUGGGUAAUCUUUCUGUCACCUGUCACCAAGAUGUCAAUAGAUUUUCUCCCAUGGGGUAGGGGGUUGCCUGCCCAACUUGUUGUUUUCGCCGGUUUCCUCCUAACGCUAAAGACACCUAUGUGCAAGUGAAUUAUUGAAAUAAAAUGGCACUGUCUGUAUAAGUUCCUCCUAACGCUAAAGACCCCUAUGUGCAAGUGAAUUAUUGAAAUAAAAUGGCACUGCCUGUAUAAGUCCUGAAAUGAACUAAUUUGUGUCAAGUCAAUGUUAAACCCCAUAAAAUAAGAAGUGGUAUCAGGCUGUCUUGUGAUAUUUUAAAGAAGAGAGAGAGAGAAAUGGGGUUUAACGUCCACUUGACACAAACUAGGUCAUUUUGGGACUAACAUAUGGUUUCAUUUUAUUUCAAUAAUUCGCUUGUGCAUAGGGGUCUUUAGCAGUAAGAGGAAAUCGGAGGACCCAGAGAAAACCCAUGAGGUUGGACAGGCAACCCUACUCCUAGUCACGUACAACCGGGGAUUCAAAACUACGCCAGUCGACUCAAUGACAGACUUUAUGAUACAGCGCGCGCACGCUAACCAUUCAGCCAUCCAACCCCCAUUUUUAAAGAAGAUAUGAAUAUGUAGAUGAUAUAUACUACUAAUAUUUAAUAUGUAAAUAAAACAAAGAGUAAAAUUAUUUAUAGAUUU